AGCCGCCGCAUUUGAAUGGAGUGUUUUAUUUACCGUUCCUCUGGGCAGGUGGAUUUCCCCGAAGCGCCGCCCCUUCCGGACCUGGCCCCCUCGGUGGUUCAGAGGCUCACUGAGGCGUUGGAGAGACAAGGACUGGAGAGCGACUGUCUCUACAGGACGGCCUCGGGCGUCUCGGGGCCCCUGGAGCUUCGACAGGCCCUGGACACAGACCCGUCAUCGGUGGACCUGGAUCAGUAUGAUGUCAGCGCCUUGGCCGACACCCUGAGAGCCUAUCUGCAGGACCUCCCCUCCCCCAUCGUCCCGGCGGGCAUCUACAGCGAGCUGGUCUACACAGCCCAAGAGACCCAGAGCAUCGAGGAGUGUGGCCAGCAACUGAAGAGAAUUUUGGAGUCUCCCAGUAUUCCGCAGCCCAACCACCAGCUCCUGCUGCAUCUCACUCGACACCUGUGCAGAGUGUCCCAGAGCGGGGCGCAGAGUCAGGCGAGCCCCAGGCUGCUCGGCCAGGCCUUCAGUGACGUGCUCUUUAAACACACCCUCUCCAGUGCGGACGUGAACCCCGAGCACCACGUCAAGAUCAUCGAGGCCUUGAUCGUAGCUGGAGGCCUGGCGGACACGCAGGCAGCACCAGCUCUCCCUCCCAAACCGGCCAAGCCCAUGACCCCCGUCAGCAGCAACGGCAUCAAGGAGACGGGCGCCAGCUCGCUGCAGGAAGCGGAGUGGUACUGGGGAGACAUCUCCAGGGAGGAGGUGAACGACAAGCUUCGCGACAUGCCCGACGGAACCUUCCUGGUGCGGGACGCCUCCACCAAGAUGCAGGGGGACUACACGCUGACCCUGAGGAAAGGCGGCAACAACAAGCUGAUAAAGAUCUACCACCGGGACGGCAAGUACGGCUUCUCGGACCCGCUCACCUUCGGCUCGGUGGUGGAGCUCAUCAGCCACUACCGGCACGAGUCGCUGGCCCAGUACAACCCCAAGCUGGACGUCAAGCUCAUGUACCCCAUCUCCCGCUACCAGCAGGAUCAGCUGGUGAAGGAGGACAACAUCGACGCCGUCGGGAAGAAGCUCCAGGAGUACCACAAUCAAUAUCAGGACAAGAGCAAGGAGUACGACCGUCUGUACGAGGAGUACACCAAGACCUCGCAGGAGAUCCAGAUGAAGAGGACGGCCAUCGAGGCCUUCAACGAGACCAUCAAGAUCUUCGAGGAGCAGUGCCACACCCAGGAGCGCUACAGCAAGGAGUACAUCGAGCGCUUCCGCCGCGAGGGCAACGACAAGGAGAUCGAGAGGAUCAUGAUGAACUACGAGAAGCUCAAGUCCCGCCUGGGGGAGAUCCACGACAGCAAGACCCGGCUGGAGCAGGACCUGAAGACGCAGGCGCUGGACAACCGGGAGACGGACAAGAAGAUGAACAGCCUGAAGCCUGACCUCAUCCAGCUGCGCAAGAUCAGGGACCAGUACCUUGUCUGGCUCAAUCACAAAGGCGUGCGUCAGAAACGAAUUAACGACUGGCUGGGAAUCAAGAACGAAAACGCUGAUGAGGCCUACUUCGUGAACGAGGAGGACGAGAGCCUGCCGCACUACGAUGAGAAGAGCUGGUUCGUGGGCGACCUGAACCGCACGCAGUCCGAGGACCUGCUGCUGGGCAAGCCGGACGGGGCCUUCCUGAUCCGCGAGAGCAGCAAGAAGGGCUGCUACGCCUGCUCCGUGGUGUGA